CAAAGAGCAACUUCUUCUCUUAUAUAAAUACCCAUUUCUCUUUUCUCUCUGUGUGUGUCUGUGUCUGUUCCUUGCUUUCUACUUGAAGAAGCGAAAAAUGGGAGCUCUUGAUUAUCUUAUUAACAACCUUUGCACUGUCACAAGCACAAAGAGCAAACGCAAAGCAAUGCAGACAGUUGAAAUCAAGGUCAAAAUGGACUGUGAUGGCUGUGAAAGAAGAGUCAAGAAUGCUGUUACAUCCAUGAAAGGAGUAAAAUCAGUGGAGGUGAACAGAAAACAAAGCCGGGUUACAGUGAGUGGAUAUGUUGAACCAAACAAGGUGUUGAAGAGAGUAAAAAGUACUGGGAAGAGAGCUGAAUUUUGGCCAUACAUUCCUCAACAUCUAGUUUACUACCCUUACGCCUCCGGAGCCUAUGACAAAAGGGCACCGGCCGGCUAUGUCCGAAAUGUCGUGCAAGCUUUUCCGGCUUCUACUGCACAGGAGGACAACAUAGUCUCCCUUUUCAGCGAUGAUAAUGUCAAUGCAUGUUCUAUAAUGUGAGAAAAGUUGCUUAGUUUUUCCAUACAUGAAUACUGACCCUCAAGUUGUCGUUCUUCUAGGCAAGAACUACUUCGUCCUAAGUGCAUGUCAUUGUCUCAAAUGAAAGUGUAAUUGAUAAGUAAAAUGAGCAUAUAUUAAUGGAAGGUUAAAGCUGUUUUUGAGUUU